AUGGCCAUUCAAGGAUGUGGAGCCAACAGGCAUUGUCAAUUCAGUACAACUCUCGAGAGGUAUAUUUGCUGCGGUCUGGAAUCAGAUGUUCGAUUGCCUAAUGUAUGUCCACCUCAGCCAGCUAACCUUGUUCCGGUUGAGCUAGCUGGAAACUACCGUACCUGCAAUCCUUACGCACGGGCCGGAACACCUCAGAGCUGUCCGGACAAUUCUGCAUGUUUGUACACUGGCAACGAUAACGGCUUCAUUUGUUGUCGGGUACAGUUGGGUGGUGGAAGGGCGUAA